GAACAACAAAUCCUUCAACAAAUUUUGCAACAACAACUGAUUCCAUGCAUGGAUGUUGUAUUGCAGCAACACAACAUAGCGCAUGGAAGAUCACAAGUUUUGCAACAAAGUACUUACCAGCUGUUGCAAGAAUUGUGUUGUCAGCACCUAUGGCAGAUCCCUGAGCAGUCGCAGUGCCAGGCCAUCCACAAUGUUGUUCAUGCUAUUAUUCUGCAUCAACAAAAAAAACAACAACAACAACUAUCGAGCCAGGUCUCCUUCCAACAGCCUCAGCAACAAUAUCCAUUAGGCCAGGGCUCCUUCCGGCCAUCUCAGCAAAACUCACAGGCCCAGGGCUCUGUCCAGCCUCAACAACUGCCCCAGUUCGAGGAAAUAAGGAACCUAGCGCUACAGACGCUACCUGCAAUGUGCAAUGUCUACAUCCCUCCAUAUUGCACCAUCGCGCCAUUUGGCAUCUUCGGUACUAACUGAGAAGAAAAUAACUCUAGUACUAGAUAUAUGAAACACCGUUUUCUCAGUCCAUGGUUUGGUCGUUGUAGCGGUGAAAAAAUAAUGUGACAUGCACUAUCAUGUAAGAACCCGAACUAUACUAGUUCAAACUUGGGAAUAAAAGACAAACACAGGUCUUGUCUACA